CUUUCUCUCUCUCUCUUCCCAAUCUCUCUCCCGCUUCCUCUCGCGCCGAAGGAGGCGAAGCCCGGAAACCCUAGCUCGAGAUCGCCAUGAUUUGCGCGAUCUCCGGCGAGGUGCCGGAGGAGCCGGUUAUCUCGAAGAAGUCGGGGCUCGUCUUCGAGAGGCGGCUGAUCGAGCGGCACAUCGAGGACUAUGGGAAGUGCCCCGUUACGAAGGAGGAGCUCACGAUGGACGAUAUCUUGCCGGUGAAAACGAAUAAGGUGGUGAAACCCAGACCAUUACAGGCUGCAAGCAUCCCGGGUCUACUUGGAAUGUUUCAAAAUGAGUGGGAUGCUCUCAUGCUGUCUAAUUUCGCAUUGGAGCAGCAAUUGCAUACGGCAAGGCAGGAACUUAGCCAUGCUUUAUACCAGCAUGAUGCCGCAUGCCGUGUCAUAGCAAGAUUGAAGAAGGAAAGGGAUGAGGCCAGACUGCUGUUGACUCAGGCUGAGAGGCAGAUUGCUUAUCCAACAGCUUCUGAUGCAGCUGCUAAUGCCAGUGCUCUUGCCAAUGGAAAAAGAGCUGCUCAAGAUGAAUUGGGUCCUGAUGGGAAGAAGAUUCGUCCUGGUAUUAAUCCUGUUAUGAUUGCUGAACUUACAGAGUGUAACGCUGUCCUCUCAGGGCAACGCAAGAAGCGGCAGAUCCCACCAACAUUAGCACCCAUUGAUGCAAUUGAGAGAUAUACUCAGAUCUCUAGUCAUCCCCUUCACAAGACUAACAAGCCAGGCAUUUUAUCUGUGGAUAUCCAUCCUUUAAAGGAUGUAAUAGCAACUGGCGGCAUCGAUACAAAUGCUGUGCUUUUUGACAGGUCCUCUGGUCAGAUCCUAUGCACACUCACUGGUCACUCAAAGAAGAUUACAAGUGUGAAAUUUGUACCACGGGAUGAGCUAUUUAUUACUGGAUCAGCAGAUAAGACUGUUCGAGUUUGGCAAGGGUCUGAGGAUGGGAACUAUAGUUGCUGCCACAUAUUGAAGGACCAUACUGCUGAGGUUCAUGCUGUCACUGUCCAUGCUACGAAUAAAUACUUCGUGUCUGCUUCGAUGGAUAACACGUGGUGUUUCUACGAUCUUACCACUGGAUCAUGCCUCACCCAGGUUGGGGAGGCUUCAGGAGAAGAAGGUUACAUGUCAGCUUCCUUCCAUCCUGAUGGUCUUAUUCUUGGAACUGGCACUUCUGAAGCCCUUGUUAGGAUUUGGGAUGUCAAAUCUCAGUCUAAUGUUGCAAAGUUUGACGGACAUGUUGGACCAGUCACGGCCAUUUCAUUUUCUGAAAAUGGUUAUUUCCUUGCGACUGCGGCUACUGAUGGUGUCAAGCUUUGGGAUCUUCGUAAAUUGAGAAAUUUCAGAUCCUUCUCUCCUUAUGAUUCAAAUACUCCAACAAACUCUGUUGAGUUCGACUCCAGUGGAAGCUAUCUCGCAAUAGCAGGUUCUGAUAUAAGGGUCUAUCAAGUUGCCAAUGUGAAGAUGGAAUGGAAUCUUAUCAAGACAUUCCCAGAUCUAUCAGGCACAGGAAAAGUGACAAGUGUGAAGUUCGGAGCAGAUGCCAAGUACAUGGCGGUCGGUUCAAUGGACCGAAAUCUUCGAAUCUUUGGACUCCCCGGAGAUGAAGCAGAGGAAGCCAAAUCAUCAGACCACUGAAGAAUCCUUAACUGCAUAGACAAUUUCUCAGGAUAUUUUGCAUCCGUGGUUGCUCUUUGAAGAUUCUUUAUGCCGCAUAAAAGGUCGAAACCCAAACAUGAAUCCUCUUUGUGGAAUUAAGGAGGGGAGAGUUAAGAGGCGGGAACGAAUGUUGUAAAACAUUACUGUGUAUUGUAGUUUUGGCUGAUAACUAACUAAUCAGGUAAGUUUUUCUUUUUUUUUUUUUUCUUUUUUUCCUUCAGAAGGCUCGUGGAACUUUGAUUAUUCUUACACCUGAGUUUAGAACAAGUAUUUGUAUCAACUUCCAUCAAGUAGAGUUACUGGAUGCGUCUCGGUGAAAGAUCAUGUGGGGAGUGUAAAGCAACCUUGUGUUUGUUAUUUCCAUCAUCCAUCUUUCGGUGAACAUCCACUUUUAAUGGAGUGUAACGGAUGCAUUUCUGUAUUUUGAGUUUUACAGGUCUGGUUGAGGCUGAUA